UGUAAAAUGGUGGUGGUGAGUGACUUUGACGCGAUAGUUAUUGGAGCAGGAAUUCAAGGAUCUUAUACCGCCUAUCAUCUCUCUAAAAAUAGCAAGACGCUGUUAAUAGAUCAGUUUGCCUUGCCUCAUUCUCGUGGAAGUUCUCAUGGGCAGACACGAAUAAUUCGGAAAGCUUAUUCCAAGACUUGUUAUACACACAUGAUGACUGAAUGCUACCAGCUCUGGAAGCAACUGGAAGCUGAAGCCAACGUUGAACUAUUCAGGCAAACAGGGUUAUUGGUUCUAGGUCAAGAAGAGGACCCAGAUUUUCAAUGCGUGAAGUCAACAUUGGUUGACAACAAAGUCCCCAUGAUGACAUUAACAUCUGCAGAUUUUUCAACGAGAUUUCCAGCCAUAAGGCUUCCAAAAGAAGUUUCUGCCAUUCUCGAUGAAACAGCUGGAAUCUUGUACGCGGAUCGAGCAUUGAAAACUCUACAGGAUUUGUUCCGGAGGUUUGGAGGAACCAUUCGUGAUGGUGAAAAAGUUGUUGAAAUACAUCCUGGAAGUCUGGUUGCCGUGACAACCACCACAGGAAUUUACAGAGCAAAAAGUCUGGUGAUUACUGCUGGACCUUGGACAAAUAAACUAUUGAACCUUGUGGGACUACAGCUUCCUCUGAAGACCCUGAGGAUUAUUGUUUGUUACUGGAAGGAAAAAGUCCCAGGAACGUAUGGAAUUUCCAAGGGGUUUCCCUGUUUUCUUCGGAUGUUCAGCAGUGCAUUUCAACAUCAUUUCUAUGGACUUCCUUCUAAUGAAUAUCCAGGACUUAUGAAGGUGUGCUACCAUAAUGGAAAUGACUCUGAUCCAGAUGAACGUGAUAUCGCUUUUCGACUGCCUUCUCAGGAUGUAAACCUUUUGAGUGACUUUUUGUCCAAAGAGUUUCCUGGUUUGGAUCCCAAGCCUGCUGUUAUUGAAUACUGCAUGUACACAAAUACUCCAGACCUGGAUUUCAUUCUGGAUCAUCACCCCGAUCACAGGAACAUCAUCAUUGGAGCCGGAUUCUCAGGUCAUGGUUUCAAGCUUGCCCCAGUGGUUGGAAAAGUCCUCUCUGAGCUCUGUAUUGGAAAGAAACCAUCCUAUGAUCUUUCUCCUUUCAAAAUUCAUCGUUUCUCAUUCAAGUCUUUGCUUUAGGGCAACGGUAAAGAUUUGAAUAAUAAUUCACAUGGAGAAAUUAUUUUAUCAGUAAAAAUAAUGGUGCAAGGUAAAAGCUUAGAGCGGGAAAUAGUGAGUUUAUGUAAUUCUUUUCUGGAAAACUCCCAGAAGAAACUGAAGUUAUUUUUAAAUGAUUGAAUUAAAAUGGCUGGAAUUUAUCCAGUGUUAUAAAUGAGAUAACUGAGAGCUGAUCAUGCCAGAAUCAUUAAUGGUAUUUUGUUGUUCGAAGGAGAAGGAAAAGGACGCGAGGGAUUGGCAUGGUGUAAGUUUUCCAUCUGCAAUGUCUUGAUAAAAAUCAACAAGAAUCCACUGUAUAAGCCAGUCACUGUAUUUCAAAGAUUAAGUUCAGCAACUCAAAUUGAAUUCUGAUCUAUUAGUUCUUUUAACUUUUAUUCAUUUUGGCAAUGGUUAAUACACUGUCGGAGAAAAAUAGCUUUGAUUCGUUGUAGCAGACACACAAGCAGUGUACAGAUGAACUUAAGGGAUGACCUUUUACUUGUGUAUUAAUUUAAACAAGGUCAAUGUUAUAGACAGAGGGCAAAGAGAGUUAGAUCUGAAAAGUUCCUUAUCGUUAGGACACUAAUUUUCUUACCUGCUGUGUGGUCUCCACAUCUUGUGUCUUGUUUGGCUGCCUUUUCCUCCUUGGGAAGCAGUACCUCGGCACCAGGGAUGGUUUGCUUCUACACCGGUUUGGUGGUGUCUGUGGCCAAUGUGGAACCAGCAGAUUUUGCCACAUAUGAGGCACAAGGUACUUGGCGGGGUAGACAGGUGUGCUCCUUCUGCUGUUUACAUUGAUUUCGGACUUCUGAGCUCCCAAUGCAUGGACUUGAGGUUCUCAGUGCCAUGCCAAAUAUUCCUUCUCCAUUUAGAGCAAUUGAAUCGGUGGGGAUGUUGCACGUUUUUCAGGAUUUCCUUGAAUUUUUUUCCUCUGUCCAUUUGGUAGUCUCUUCCUGUGACAGAUCUCAGAAUAGUGUGUCUGUUUGGGGAGUCUGGUGUCGGUCAAGAAAGCAACAUGCCCUUCCUAAUAGAGCUGACUGAGUAUAAAUGGGGCCUAAUGCUGGGAAUGUUGGCCUGGGAGGGGAUGUUGAUAUCGGUUUCCUUAUCUUGCUAGUGACUUGGAGGAUUUUGCAGAAAUAACAUUGGCGGUGUCUGUCCAAUGCUUUGAGAUUCCUGCUCUAAGUAGUCCAAAGUCUCAGAAGCACACAGGAAGGCAGUGAUUGCUGCUGCCCAAUUGACCAUGAGCUUAGCACAGGGCUUGAGAUCUUGAUGUUCAAAUGCGUUUUUGUUCAGAUGGUGAAAGGUUAUGCUGGUGCACUGGAGCUAGUGGCAAAUUUCAUGUUUGUCUUUGCUGGAAGGUGGGUCCCGAGUGAUCCAUGUCUUCCAGACUCUUGUACUGGACAUUCAGUUUUAGAUGACGGUGUUGUAAAGCGGGACCAAGUUGGUAAAGAACCUUUGCUUCACACAUUUUGAAUGUAACACCUUCAUAUGCUAGUGAAUUUGAAUUGGAGUUUGACCAUAGAAUGCAUGUAUGAGCAAACGUCAUAUGGCACUGAAGUUGGGAUGACCUUGGUUCUGGAGAGGUGAAAUAUAGAUUGAACAGUUUCCUAUUAGUCCUUUAGAUUAGUUCCAAUCCAACCAGAAGCUUAUUGGAGG